GUUAAAACAACAACUGUUAACAUCUAUACUUACUUUCAUAACUUCAGAAUGGCUUCAAGUUCAGGAAUCAUCUUCAGUUACAGCGGAAAGCAUAGUUUAUGUAUUUUAUAAAGCCAUUAAAUCAAGACAAGAAGGAAUACUUUACUGGUAUUAUUUUAUCAAAAAAUAUGACAAAAAAAUUGAUGAGAUUGUUAUUAGUGGAGUUAAAAGAAAAACUGCAACAUCUAUAGUAUAUCAAGAAAUCAAACAACUUUUACUUGAUAUUACUGAUAUGAAUUUGCGUCAAAAAAUCCUUAGAGCUAGAAAAUUAUAUAAAUUAUUUAACACAUUAGGAAUAGGGAAAAUUAAACUAGUUUCUCAUAGCGCAGAUGCUAAUUCAAGUCAGUUACCAACAAAUUCAAAAUAUUAUAGAUCAUGUUAUAAAAAACUGUGA